AUGGCGCAGACUUUCGGUGUACCGACCCUUGCCAUUGUGGGGUGCGUGGCAUGGCUAGUCAUAAAGCUCAUACGAAUUGGCCAGCGAGAUAAAACCUUGCCCCCGGGUCCACCAACAGUCCCAUUACUAGGAAAUAUACACCUUCUACCGACAAAAUACUCAUUUGUGAAGUUUACAGAGUGGGCAAGAGAGUACGGAGGAAUCAUAUCAGUACGGACUAUGUUGGCCUAA